AUGUACUGCUCCGAGUCAGGAUAUUCGUCUCACGUAGCCUGUUGGAAACAUCACACAUGGGACGAACUCUUAGAAUAUCCGCGUACUCUCACUCAACGCUCUAAGAGAACAUACAAUGCUUCAAGUAACUGCCUUCAGGUCUGGCUCAACGAACGGCAACACGAUUGGCAAGCAACAAGUAGGAACACGAGUAGCACAGAGCGAUUCGCACGUUGGACGAAUCAGAACCAGAAAACAUCUGCAUAUCAGAUACCAAGUGAGAGUGAUCAUGACCUGAAACUGGAUGUCGUGAGUAAUGAGCACGAAGGAAACAGCGAGCAAGGGGUUUCACAAGAUGGUACCUUGAAUAUCACCCCUAGUGGUCAACAUCCGCGCAGGGUUUUGUGCUUGAUGAGUGAUACCGGUGGAGGUCAUAGAGCAAGCGCACAAGCCCUAAAAGACUGCUUCGAGCUGAUUCAUGGGAAUGACUUCGUGGUUCAUAUUGUUGACUUGUGGAGUAGUUGCUCCCCAUGGCCUUUCAACAAAAUGCCGGAGGGCUACUUCUUUCUGGUGAAAAAUCCGUGGCUAUGGAGACUAAAUUUUCGUUGUUCCGAGCCACGUUUUAUUCACGAAGUGAUGUUCAAGGGUUAUAGCGCGAUUGUAGCGAAUCACUUUGCACGGGAGUUCGAUAAGAUCGAUCCCAAUUUAAUUGUCAGUGUGCAUCCACUCAUGCAACAUGUGCCGUUGACUAUUCUUCGUCGGAUGAAAAAUCAUUCGGCGGUUCCAACAGUGCCUUUUGCUACGGUUGUAACCGAUUUAACUCGAUGUCAUGCAACCUGGUUUCACAAGGACGUUGACAAGUGUUUUGUGGCGACAGAUUUGGUGGCCAAACAGGCAUUUCGGCUUGGCUUGCGGCUCGAGCAAGUCGUUUGCCACGGACUUCCGAUUCGUCCUUCGUUCAGUGCCCCGAGCCGCUCCAAACGCGACGUACGAGCGAAGUUAGGUCUUGAUGUGGAAGCACCAACAGUCAUGCUAGUAGGCGGCGGUGAAGGCAUGGGCAAACUCAAAGAAACAGCGGUAGCUCUGUCUCAAACAUUGAGCAGUUCGCAUCAAGUAGUGGUAAUCUGUGGCCGCAACGCCAAGUUGAACGAAUUUUUACGAGAACAGUCAUGGCCUCUUAAGAUGGUUGUCAAGGGUUUCGUGAACAACAUGGCUGAAUAUAUGGCCGCUUGUGAUUGUGUUAUCUCAAAGGCAGGUCCCGGUACAAUAGCUGAAGCGCUGAUCUGUGGUGUUCCUAUUGUCUUGAAUGGCUGCAUACCGUGUCAAGAAGAGGGAAACAUUCCGUUUGUCAUCGACAACCAGGUCGGGGCAUACAGUGAGAUUCCACAAACAAUAGCUCAAACAGUUGCUGGGUGGCUUGCACCUGAAAAUGCAACUCAACUCUCCAUGAUGUCGUCUCGUGCGCGAGCACUAGGGCGUCCUGAUGCCACGUUCGAUAUUGUGCGCGAUCUCGUCGAAAUGAUCGAGACUAGGAAAAAUUGA